AUGAACAUUCUCAAGAUCUCUUUUUUAAGUUUAGUCUCGAUUUCAUUGGCAUCUAAGCCGGCACACGAAAGAUUUGUGUCAUCAGCAAACAAGUUGGCCUUGGUUGUUUCUAGACACUUAGGUAGAUCGUUAAUAUACAAGAGGAAUAGGAUGGGGCCAAGGUUAGAACCUUGUUAGAACCUGACGUGCCCUGGUUAGAACCUGACGUGUAUGAUAAAGAGUUGCAGAACGCUCUUAAAUUACUUCAUGAUGCUCCUAUUGCAGCGGCUGCUACGGAAAUAUUGGACGACGAGAAAUUGACGACCGUUCUGGACCUUGCUGGAACCUUUCAGCAGAUAAAAACAACAGAAGACGCCAAGAAGAUCGCAGCUUUAACGGCGAAGUGGUAUGUGAUUGGGCGUGCCAACGCGUCUUUUGAGGCUUUCGAAAAUGGUCUUUCCGCUUUAGGAGUUCUUGAUGCGAUCAGAAGAAACCCAAGAGCCUUUGAGUCAUCAUUCUGUCAUACCCCUUCAAAUCUUACCAUAGACAACCUUUGAUAACCUAUUUAAAGUUGUUGAUAGUCCCGUUGGCUCAAACAAAGCUGUUACUGAGAGCUUGGUGCUUUCCCGCUGGCGAGAUUAUGUCCAAGAUAUUGAAGAGGGAGAAGAAGCUGUUGAACUCAAUGAUGUCCUUUUCUUCACAACAGGAUGCAAAGUUUUGCCAGCCAGAAAGAUUUAUCCUACCAUUGAAUUUUUACAUGAUUUUGAAGAAUGGGGAGAAAAGUCAAGGUUUCCUAAAAGCAAUGCGUGUUCUGCUAUUUUGCGUCUUCCAGUUGUACACAGCACCUAUGAUGAGUUCAAAGCAGACAUGGACUUUGCAAUUCAAAACGGACGAGGUUUUGGUUUGCCCUAA